AAACGUGGUACUACUGGACCUCCUGGACCUCCUGGUGCUACUGGUCCUCGCGGUGCUACUGGUGCUCAUGGUGCACCGGGCACUGGUUUUAAUCACACAGCAGAUGGGAAUUAUGACAUGGUAAACAAAAAACUGACAAAUAUGGCUGAAGGAACUGCUUACAGUGAUGCCCUAACAAAAAACCAACUUGAUACUAAACUAUCACUUUCUGGUGGUUUAAUGACCGGCAAUUUGGAUAUGAAUGACAAUAGGAUAUAUAUUGUGGCUCAACCAGAUGGUGAUAAUCAACCAGCUACAAAAAUUUGA